UUUAUCAUCACAUUAUAGUGUAGCAGGAUAUACAAGCAGGACGCUUUCAGUUGUCGGUUGACAUCGUAACGGUUCGCAAGAUUAAAGUGGUUCUAUUACUUUUAUUCAGCAGUCGAUCAUCUCUUCAUUACAAAGAGAUACACUGAGGACAACGCCAAGCAAGAAUGGCACUGACGUUAGCACUACCCUUAUUCGGACUAGACCCAGAGCAUUUUUCUGCCCUCAGCAUGAAGCUUCUUAAUAUUGAACGUGAACAAAAUAUGAGAAAUUUGUCCGAUUCUGGACGAACUUCUCCAAGUACCGGAAGUGAAUCUAGUGGCAUCAGCAGUCUUGCAACAUCUGCCGAAUCGGCAUCAGUUGAAUUAACGCCGAUUUCAUCAAGACCAGAGACACCCACUAGAGCUCCGUCCAAAAGCCAGGAGAAGACUGUUCGCGUAGUAUACGGAGGUCGCGAUAUAUUGAAUUUGGGAGCGAAUAUCAGACCGUCAUUCGACUGGCAAAUGAGAGAUCGAACAUUGUCCCGACAUAACAUUCAAGAUUUUAUAACUAAUCGUCUGGUGUAUCAUCGAUUGCGUGAGCAGCCGCUUACCAAAGAUUAUCUAACUUCAUAUAGAACUCCGAUGAUUAAAAUUUCAUCUUACAGAAACGUUGCAAUGAAUGUGAAUUUUGCGAACCGUCAUCUAUCUUCUGAUAUCGACUUAACCGUAACGAAACGAUUAACGACAACAAGUCCUGCGUACAACGUUAUGGAUAACUGAACUGUGAUAGACCGGAUAAGCGGCAGCCGGAUGGAGACGUACCGUAAAUCGAGGAACGUAUGGAGAAACGUAUGAAUCUAAUAUUUAAGUUACCCGAAACGCAACAUAAACCAUGAAUAUUGAAAUAAUUGAAAUAUUCGCGUAAAUUAUUAAUUGGUUUAAUUUAUUAUUGAUGAAUUAAACUAGAAAGGGAUAUUUAAAAUCUAAAUUAUGUAAAAGGUAUACGUUCCCUUGCCGGAUACGGGCUGCAGUAGUUAUUAGUUCUCCUACUUGUGACAUCGUAACAUGAGGUAUUAUUACAUAAAUUAAUGAGUUUUGUAUCAGAAUAGAAAUAAUCGGGAGUCAUCUAAUGUCUCUGUUGUCUAAAUUUUAGACACUCUAUAUAUAUAUAUAUAUGAUUUUAUAAUUUUUAUGAUACGGUGCGAAAUUAACUCUCUCUCUCUCUGCUAAAGUUAAUAUACUUCAUUUUACGACGUCACUUUUUUUUCAAUUAUAUAGUGUAUACGUAUUUAAUUCGGACGAAUGACGAUCUCGCAUAUAAGAAUAUCGGCGUCUUACAAAACUGUCCGAGCAUAAAGUAUCGUGUGACUUCAUCGAAUAAUAUUAAUUUUUUAUACACGAUAUGACACAAGAUCUGUAACAGAUUGAACAUUUAAUUACAGAUUGAACAAAAAAGACCGCAAGUUUAUAACUCGCAGUCAUGUGUACGGAAAGUUGCAUGUCGCUUAAAAACUUUUCUUUAUGUAUUCUUUACACAAAUUUAUUAAUUUCAAGAUAUAUCUCAUUAUCCUAUUGUAAAGAUCGUCAUUAUCACCGACGAUCAUUAUUUCAUUUUUGUAACAACCGUAAACAAAUGCCGUUGCGCUUCGUAGAGCAUCGUUAGCGAAUGACGUACCGAUAGAUGUAUCGCGUUUCAUGUAUUCAUUUCAGUAUUCAUGAACGAUCGGCAAUUUCUUAAAACAGCCGAAAAUCAGUUCUUACAUUUUCGCGGUAAAUGUAGUACCUGCUCGUAGGAUAUAAAUACGUAUUUCUACGACGGCAUUGCAUAUAUAUAUAUAUAUCUUGACCAUUGUUUAUAAAUACAUGAUAAACAAUAUUUUAUAUACCUCAAUGUUGCAUUAUUAA